AGUUUGUCAUAAGCAACAUUAUUCAGUAACGUAAAAACUAAAAGCCUACAAGGUCGAGUUUUGUUGAAGAGAGAAUCAAAAGAUCAAAGAUUGUGUAGUAAUCAUGGCUCCUGAAUUGUUGAGUAGCGGUGCUGGUAAGUUUGGAUAUGUGACGUUUUUGGCUGGAAAUGGGGAUUAUGUUAAGGGAGUGGUGGGACUUGCUAAGGGGUUGAGGAAGGUCAAGAGUAAGUAUCCUUUGCUGGUGGCGGUUCUACCGGAUGUCCCGGAGGAGCACCGGGAAUUGCUGAGGUGGCAGGGCUGUGUUGUCAAGGAGAUUCAGCCCGUUUACCCACCUCAGAAUCAUACCCAAUUUGCUAUGCCUUACUACGUCAUUAAUUACUCCAAGCUAAGGAUUUGGGAGUUUGUGGAGUAUAAGAAGUUGAUAUAUUUGGAUGGAGACAUUCAAGUGAUGGAGAACAUCGAUCAUCUGUUCCAGAUGGAAGACUCAUUCUUUUACGCAGUGAUGGAUUGUUUCUGUGAGAAGACGUGGAGCCAUACGGCGCAAUACGAGAUUGGGUAUUGCCAGCAAAGGCCCAAUGAAGUCCAAUGGCCGGCUUCGGAGUUGGGGCCCAAACCUCCUCUAUACUUCAACGCAGGGAUGUUCGUUUAUGAGCCCAAUUUAGAGACUUACCAUUCCCUCCUCUCCACUCUCAACAUAACCCCUCCCACCCCCUUCGCCGAACAGGACUUUUUGAACAUGUUCUUCAAAGACAAGUACAAGCCAAUUCCACCUGUCUACAAUCUGGUGAUGGCAAUGCUAUGGCGCCACCCAGAAAACAUAGAGCUCCACAAAGUCAAAGUGGUUCACUAUUGCGCUGCCGGUUCAAAGCCAUGGAGGUACACAGGCAAGGAGGAGAACAUGGACCGGGAAGACGUUAAGAUGCUCGUCAAGAAAUGGUGGGAAAUUUACGACGACGAAACCUUGGACUACAUCAACUAUAAGAUGAUCGACGAUGGUGACACCGACACCCGCCAACCAUUCCUUGCAGCGCUAUCGGAAGCUGGUGUUGUUCAUUACGGCCACACUGCCCCAUCUGCAGCUUAAUUUCACAACAUUUAGAAAUACAUUACUAAAUAUAUAUAUAUAGAAUAUGCAUUUGGUUGAUUUACUUCGCUCAACUGACAUAUAAAGUUUGAGCUAAUGUUUGUAUUAUUGAUUAGGGGUUCGGAUCUCCCAUUAAGAAUUAAAAAGAGAGGAGAUUGUUUGUUAUGGUAGAGAGUUAUUAAUUUGUGAGAUGUAAUAUGUAAAUUAGAGUGCUUUGGGAGGAUUUUAUAUCUUAUACUUUUCUUUUGUAAACGUUGGGAGACUCUUUUUUUCAAUUGGUUUAUUAUAUAUAUUUAUAUUUGUAUAGAGACAUUAGAUGUGUUUUUCU